AUGGAAUCUUCUCAAAUCUUCGACAAAUUUUAUGCUAAAGAUCUGGAUCCUCCAUCACAAGUUUCAAGACCAACUUUUGACUUGGGUUUAGGACCAAGUGAUCAAAAUGGAGAAGAGGUGCAGCAGCCUGCAAUUGAUCUAGGUGCACCUGAUCCACCUCAAAUCCAUCUUGCAGCUGCGCCUGCGCAUAAUGAAGCUCCAGUUGCUAGAGGAGCAUCAGAUCAAGCUCAAACGGAUCCCUCGGAUGAGCAAGCUCAAAUCGAUACUGCACCUACACUUAAUGAAGCCUCUGCAAUUGUUUUAGCUGCAGCUGAACAAGCUCGUUUGAAAGCUGAUCUUCAGCAACCUGAACAAGAAGGAACAAGGAAACCUUGGGAUCCCAUUCCAUUCAAUGAAGUAGAAAGGAAGAAGAAAAUGAAGAAUGACAGAAAGCAACAGCCUACUAAACAAUUAGAGAGUCUUAAGUAUCCAGUUUUAGAUGCUGAAAAGGCAGAGGAAGCUCGACUGAAGAAGAAUAUGAACGCCGAAAAAGCUAAUGCAUAUGCUGAGACUCUCCAACUUCUUUCUGAGCUACAGAAGGAUAACGAACCUGGAGUUAGUCAAACAUCAGAGGAAGAUGACGUAACACUUGCCAAGAGACUCGAAGAUAGGCUGGCUACAAAGAGUAAUGAAGUCAAACCAAUAGCGAAGUCGACUACAUCAGUCAUGGACAAGGAGAAGAAAAAGCCGACUAUCUCAGCCAAGGAGAAGAAACUUACUCCAUAA